AAUUAUCAAUCAACUGACCCACUCAACUCAAUCUGAUUAGAGUUUACUUUAUUUUUUAUUUUAGUUUUUCACUUUGAAACGACAAUUUAGAAAUUCAGCAGUAAUGGAUAGUUCCCUAUCGAAUUUCGAGCUUACCGAGAGCACCGUCAAAAUUGAUCCCGAUUCGGAAAACGGAUCAGGCUCCGACAAGAGCGAUCCGAUCGAGAUACUGGGCUACGGUGACGCCGAUUCAUCGGGCAGCAAAUCCGAACUCGAUGAUGACUUCGAUAACAACCUGCCCAAAACUGUAACGCUCUUAAAACACGAAAAGACUGGCGCGAAAGUUUACCUCAUCGGCACAGCUCAUUUCAGCAAAGAAUCCCAAGCAGACGUUGUAAAGGUGAUAACGAAUGUUCUUCCACAAGUGGUGGUUCUGGAAUUGUGCAGCUCGAGAACAAACAUAUUGUCGUUGGACGAAGAGACUGUAUUACAAGAGGCCAAAAAUAUAGAUGCUCAGAAAAUAAUAUCGACAAUCAGAACAAAUGGGGUGUAUAACGGUUUGAUGUAUUUGCUGUUGCUCAACAUGAGCGCACACAUUACUAAAGAGAUUGGUAUGGCGCCGGGUGGUGAAUUCCGAGUUGCUUACAAUGAGGCUCAGAAAAUAUCCUCAGAUAUACAUUUAGGGGACCGGUCGAUCGGCAUUACACUCCAAAGGGCACUAGCCAAAUUGAGUUGGUUCCAGACGUUGAAAUUGACUUGGCAUUUGCUCACGUCGAAGGAUCACGUUAGCGCUGAAGAAAUCGAAAAGUGUAAAGAGAGGGAUAUUUUGGCGCAAUUGUUGGCCGAUUUGGCGGGAGAGUAUCCAUCCCUUCGCGAAGUUUUCCUCGACGAAAGGGACGUUUUCUUGGCGAAUUCAUUGCAAUUGGCGGUCGAAGCGAAAUGGAAGCAAGGUCAAGGUCAAACUGAGCCAAUUCGUAUCGUAGGAGUAGUUGGUAUCGGCCAUGUACCGGGUAUCAUCAAGCUGUGGCCGGAAGAUCAGAAUAAAUACAUUAAGGCUCUCGUAGAAAUUCCACCGCCAUCUUUAACAUCUGUAGUCAUUAAACAAACUUGUAAAAUUUCCUUAUUGACUUUCAGCGGUUAUUUAAUGUACAAAUACGUCCCGGUGCCCAGAUUUCUUAAAGACGGUGCUCAGGUUUUUGCUCAAAAAUUAAUAGCUAGUUUAAGGGUGGAGAAUUCCUUUAGAUUAAGUAUAAAAUGAGGUUGGAUAAUUUAAGUGUAAACGAUUUUAAGUAAAACAAUUUAGUUUCGAAGUGGAUUUAGAAAAUGCGCGUUUUUGGAAUGUACUUUGAAGAAUAUUUUUAGAUCUAAUAGCCAGUCUUUUUAAUGCGUUUUGUUCCCAGGCUAAAAAAUAGGGCGUUUUUUCAAUUGGUUAUUUUAAUUUUUGUUUAAUGCGUUAAGUUUUAAAACAUUCAAAUAUUUUAUAAAGAAAAAUGUGAGCACACUCUUGAGGGUGUUAAUCAGGAAAAGGCUGUGCAAUGAAUUUAUUUACUAGAUAAGUGAGAAUUGCUUUGAAAAUAUAUUAUUUAUAUAGUAACAUUCCAAAUUAGUUGUUGGUUUAGGGUUUGCAAACAAACAAUUACAAAUAAAUUACAAUUAUAUUACCAUAAAAUGUACAUGUAUAUAUAAAACUGGAAGACUCUUUGGCAGGAUAUAGGUCAAAAUAUUUGAUAACACUAUUGACUAAAAGGAGAUUGAACCAAUCAGUACAAGUACUUUCGUAUAAAUCGAACAAACUGAAUGUAGCUAAUGAGAAUUCCAAUAAUAUUGGACCCAUUUCCUUUUGGUCAAUGGAUCAUUAUCGGCGAUUAUCCAGGACCCUUAAUUAAGUACUUAUUAUUAAAUUAGGAACUAAUGAGGUGUUUGAAUUUGAUAAUUUUGUAAAAUUACUGUACUGGAACGUCUAAUGCUCCGCAUGUAUAAACUCUGUUAUUUCGAUUCGAUUUGAAAAAAAAACUUAACUUCUUAUUUUGUCUGCUGCACAACGAAAUCCUAAAUUAGAUGCGGAACUGUCCUUCGUAUUGGACGAUCUCGCAGCACAACGGUACCGCCAACAGUACGACUCGUGGCACAAGAACGAUCCGCCUUUUUUAACUUUCGUAUCCUAAAAUGUCGAA